GCCCACAAGAUACAAGCCUUCCAUUCUUGUAUUUUUUUUCCCUCAUUCACUCCAGCGGGACGCCUGAGAGCAGCACGCACAUUCGCUCUGUUUGGACAAGAACUUAAAGCCAAAAGCUGGACUUCUUUUAAAAUCCCCAUUGGAGAGCAGGGUUUGGAUUUCUUUUCAUUCUUUUCCUGUCCUUCUUGAUACCUUCCCAAAGAUCAGCCAGCCCGACAGAGAACUUGUGACAGAUCAAGAAGCAAAAGAAACAGAGGUAAGGAAAAGAGACCUUAAAAAAAAGAAAAGGAAACUGCAGACAGAUAAAGAGGCGGGGAUAAUCCGCACAAGUGUUGUGCAAAGAGGAGGAAAAAUAUACAGAUAAAGAAAAUAAGGAGCUGUACAAGUGUGAAGGGCGAGGAGAAGAGACUGGAAAGAAAGAGAGAUAAAAGGGGAUCAUUUCAAGCUGAAGGCCAAGUAAGUUAUGAAGACAAAGUGAAGACUAAACCAAAACAGAAACUCCCGACAUCAAAUUACCAGCGAGGAUGGAGGCCCGGCACGACAGCAGGACAGAGCUCCUCUGAACCCACAAGAAGAAGCAGCUGUGCUUGACGCGAGGACGAGGAGAAGAUUGCCUCAUCAUGAUUUACUCAUCGGAUUUCCCAGAUUCCAAUAACCUGCACGGGAAAAGCAACUUUGUCCCAGGAUAGUAUGAAGAGAGGAGCGCACAGAUACCAGCCUAAUCUGCCGUAACCUUCCUGCUCCUCCUCCUCUUCACUUCAGACUCCUCCACCUUCUUGUCUUCACAUCAAGCUCCAAAUUUGCCAGCCUUCUCCCUCUCUGUCCUGGUAUCUCCCCUCACACUCUCCAUCCCCUCACUAUGUGGAUAACAGCUGUGCUCCUAUGGAUUCUUAAUACCAGCUGUUUGUGCCCAGGACAAGACUUCACAGACUAUUACCAAACUCAAGACAUGGGCACCGAGGCUCCAACUCAAGUGGAUGACCAGCCCAGCCUGGAGACAGUGACAAGCAUGGAUCAGCUCCUACAGCUGCUCUACCCAGAAUAUGGUUUGAUUCAGCACUGCAUGAGGAAGAAAUCAUGGCAUACUUCUUCGUCCUCAUCUCCUUCCUUUUCAACAUCUUCUGCAAGCCCCUUAGUUCACGGUGACAAUGAUGAUAUGUGGGUUCAACUGAGGGAAGAGGCCCUUUACAAAAUGGAUGGAACUUUGGGAGUCAUCCUCGAGGAGAUCCAGCGUACCUCCUGCCAGCCCAGGGAGGUUUGCGUUGAGGUUGCCAAAGAAUACCCAGAAUCCACCAGUCAGUUCUACCUCCCUCGCUGUGUUGCGCUGCAUCGCUGCGGUGGAUGCUGCGCCAACGAGGCUUUUUACUGCACCAACACGAGUUACACGCUUGUCAACAAAACACUGAUGGAGUUGUCCCCACCCAGGAUGGAUCGCUCAGUCGUCAUGGUGACCUUCGUCAACCACACUUCGUGCGAGUGCCUGUCCAAGCGACCGCUGCACUCCAUCAUCAGGCGGGCAGCGACAGAUCACCUGUGCUCCCCUCCUGAACGCCCCUGUGCCUCGGGCUCUUUAUGGGAUCCCGAGAACUGCGUUUGUGUCUCCGCAGACAUGAUGAACUACUCUCAGAGAGAAACAGAGGUACUGGACUCAGGUCUGCUGGCUCUGUGCGGGCCCAACAGGUUUCUGGAGGAGUCCACCUGUGAGUGCGUCUGUCAAAACGGACUCACAGAAGCCAGCUGUGAUCCAGGUUGGAAACUGGACCAAAACGCCUGUGAGUGUCAGUGUGAAGGGCAAGGUGAGGGGAGGUCGUGUCCUGCCGGCCAGCGGUGGGACGACGAGCUGUGCGGCUGCGUGUGUGCGGCCGAGUGUCCGCGGAACCAGCCCCUCAACCCCGACACCUGCCUGUGUCAGUGCAGGGAGAGCCCGCAGUCCUGUCUGCGGCAGGGGAAGAGGUUCAACCCCAACAACUGCAGGUGGGUGCGCAAGGAGACGCCGGUUCUGCCCUCUGUGGAAAGAGAUCCCAAGCCCAAAACUAUCACCUGUUACAGGCUUCCCUGCAGAAAUCCGAGACGUGUGUGCGAGGAGGGCUUUUACUACAGUUACCAGGUCUGUCAGUGCAUUCCCAACUACAUGAAGUGGAACUAACUGGCAAGAUCCCAAUGAGAAGAAACUUAAGAUACCGCAAUUUUUUACCUUUCACCCCAAACCUUUCGGCCUGAACAAAGGGACAGCAUUAUGAGAGUGCUUCCUGAGAAAGAAGCAGGAAGUGGGACUGAAUAUAUACAUGUGCUGACAACAUAUUCCGAGCAACACUUGGGGGAAUUUCAUGCUGCCUGUGCUUUGUCACUUCUCCAAAGAUCAAAGAACUUUUCUGUAAAAUCAGAGGGUAAGUCCCACAAAUCCAGCCCAACUAGUUGAUUUAAGAGGAAACAAAGACCAAAAACAGGCUAUGUGUUUGCCUCUUCUUCCUCUAAUAACCCAAUCCCAAAUGGAAGCAACCAAUCUCACCUGGAAAACUACCUUAAAAACAACAUGACGAGGCAGGGCGGACCAAUCGGACGCAGACCCAAGCUGCAACGUGUUGGAGCAAGAGUGCCAACCAUCUGCAGCGGCAGGGCUCAUGCCUGUGUGAGGCGGGAUGAGGAAAAAGAUAAUAAUGAAACUGUCUCCGUGCUUUGAGGAAAAAAAAAAAAGAAAAAGAAAAAAGAAAGCAGUACCUGCAUCAUGUGAUGUCUCAGAGCACGUCACCGGGCCCUCUGUUCCCUCUUAUUCGAGGUGAAUCCAUCGGGUUUUUCUACACUUCACUGCGUCUGCUCUGGCUAUGCUGAGAGAUAAAGGGAAUCUCCCAGUCCAAUUUAGGUGUAAUAUUUUUUUAAUUGGUUUGAAUAGGAAAACUGAUUUUUUACAAAAAAGUCUGAUUCAUUUGUCUACUCUGCUGCUUUGCUCUUCCUCAGCCAGUGCCGUCACAUCUUUGAAUCCAGUCAAAACGUACGCAGUUCGGGGUCUUCCGCUAAUUUAUCUUGACAUGUUCCAAGUAAUAAUAUUUGUAUAUAAUCAAUGUUUGCAUAUUUAAAACAGUGAAAUGUGUAUGAUGGAAUCCCCACAAGUCGUACACUGCUGUAUUUAAGUUUCUAUAACUGUUGUGAAGUGAAAUGAUUCAUAUUUUUGGUGUCCGUUUAAAUUUCUUGGAGAAUCCGAGUCAAUACUGCCAGCACUGUCACACGUCCGUUCUAACAAGUCAUUUAGAAGCCUAAACAGCUUCAAGAAAUGUGUAAUGUCUACAGAAAUAUACAAAGUGUUAAGAUGAAGAUUUAUUGCAGUGUAAAUACGAUUGUAGUGUUUGUGCUGUGUGGAUAUAAAACACCUGUUCAUUCUUCUCUCAUGCUUAAAUUAUUAAGUACUGAUUAAAGCCUUGUCUGAUGGGCCUCUUUUGUUUAUCAUAUUUACAGUCGAAAAUAGAAG